AUGCCAUCCUUCAUCUCCCUCCUUCUCCUCUCCACGGUCCCGGCCAUCGCCGUCCCAGCCCCCAUCCUCCCCCGGGCCAGCGACAGCCAAACUCUGCCUCACAAGUCGCUCUCACCCUGGGACGCCGGUGCCGUCAACCUCUACCCCAUCCAUCAAAGCUGCAAUGCCACGCAGCGCCUGCAGAUCGAGACCGGGCUGAACGAGACCAUCGCGCUGGCCGACCAUGCCAAAGCGCAUAUCCUGCGCUGGGGGAACGAGAGCGCCAUCUACCGGAAGUACUUUGGCGACAGUCCGUCCAUCGAGGCUAUUGGGGCGUAUGACAUCGUCGUGAAUGGCGAUAAAGGAGGCGUUUUGUUCCGAUGUGAUAAUCCCGAUGGGAACUGUGAUCUUGAUGAAUGGGCCGGCCACUGGCGCGGCUCCAACGCCACCUCCGAGACCGUCAUCUGCGACCUCAGCUACACGACGCGCCGCUCCCUCACGACGCUCUGCAGCCAGGGCUACACCGUGUCGAGCUCCAAGCCGAACACCUUCUGGGCCGCAGACCUGCUGCACCGCCUGUACCAUCUCCCAGCGAUCGGCCAGGGCUUGAUCGAGCACUAUGCCGACGACUAUGAGGAGGUGGUUGAGCUGGCAAAGGGGGAUAAUUCGACCCUCGCCACGAAGGACUCGAAUACGUUGCAGUAUUUUGCGCUCGAGGUCUUCGCGUAUGAUGUUGUUGUUCAGGGCGAGGGGUGUUCUGGGGAUGACGGUGAGGAAGAUUCCCAUGAUGAUGGGAAGGGAGAGGAGGAGAAAGAGGAAAAGAAGGAGGAUGACGAGGAGGAGGAUAUUCCUGAGAACUGCCACACCCACGAGGGAGGAGAGCUGCACUGCACGUAG